CACGCCAUAUCUCAAAACGUUUAUGACGUCGCUUUUUGACUGUACGAUGUACCUUUCUUAAACCUUAAAAUUCUUACCGCUUCUCAACCGGAAAAAGAUCAAGACGGUUAUCAAUCUCAUUUGACCGCAUCAAGAAGUGAGACGCCCUUUUCAGUUUUCAUUUUUUUUUCUACUGUUUCCUGUACAUAAAUGAAAGUGAACGCAAAGAUGACCUGCUGCAAUCAGCUUUCAGCCAUCAGCCUUCAAACGUGAACGGGGAAAAGAGGGAGACCGUCGCUCAGGAAUACAAUCAUGAAGACAGCUAUCUUCAUCGUUGCAAUUGUUACCUGCAACGCCCAAGACCUAGUGAGCAGAACAAAGAGAUGUGUACCAAUGGGCACGGGCCAACGGAUGGAGAUUUGCUUCUUGACAAAGCCAUAAAGCAAUACUUCAUGUCCCAGCGGUUCAAAGCCAUAUCUAUUCCUGACUUCAAUUACACCGUCCGUGUGGCCAUGUGGAACUUACACAUGGAGUUCUACAACGGCACCGUCUUGGGAUUGACUGCAGCGGAAAGACUGGGAACCAACUAUAUGGAAGCCAAAGCUAACAAAUCUAUGCGAAUCCGUGUAGCCUUGAAACUUGAAGGACUGAACGUUUCCAUUGCCGCACGAACAAAGAGGUUCCUUGGGUACACGUACAUUGAAGCUGACGUAUUCGCACCUGCGAUUACGUUCGUCGCCGAAAUACAAGAGGCCAACAAUACGCUCAUGUUGCACCGCCUCGAGAUGAACAAUACUAAGGAAUUGCAGGUCCACUUUCGCUUCCUCAGUCCAAUAUUGCGAAUACUGAACAGGAUGAAAAGGCUUCAGCGAUUUAUCAACGAGAAGAUAAAUGAGCGGCUCGAAGCUGAAUUAUUUUUCGCUGUCGAUGACGCCGUGCAGGUGCUGGCGCAACGGCGUGCCGAGCUACAAUGUACUCACUGUACGACGUUCGAGGUGGUCGUACGGAAUGCACUGGACAUACUCAAGCUUGACCCAAGCCCGCUGCCCGCCCUCACAAUGGACAUGUUCGCCAGACUCGCUCGGGUCAAAGUGACGAACGGCACCGUCAAAGGGCUGCCGAGGCUGCGCCAGUCGGGUGACGUGGUCGCCCGCAUAGAUGAAUGCGGUGCGUACAUUUACGCCGAUGUGACCGUUCGCAACCUCACCGUGGCGCUUGUUGCAAGCGUGAGGACGUUCAUGGCCGACUUCACGGCCGCAGUCAAGUCCAGAAUUUCAGCGAGAGUCAUCAUCGAAGUUGUCGAACAAAACGCCACACUAGCGUUAAAAAAUGUUGUUGUCAAUACGACGGACAAAAUAUACGUCACUGUUACGCCGAUCGGAGCAGUCAGUUCUGUCGCCGCUUUCUUCUUACCGCCGAAAUUCAUCGCUGAAAUUACCAGAAGAGAGCUACAGCCGCUGACACGCUCUACGAUACAGGGUGCUCUAGAUGCAUUACACGGUUUCGUUCAAGGAAACGACCAGAUAAGAGUGCAAUAAAUGUCUCAUCGUGAUUUUCUUGUCCUCACACUCAUAUGAAUACGCAUGUCCACAAAUCAGUUGUCCUCUUAUGUGACGCGCCGCUGGUGUUU